AUGGAUUACAAUCACGUUGUCAAACAACUUGAGAAAACCUCCCAUCAAGCAGUCGAAUAUCUCUCCAAUCGAUCCAAUCUGGAAGAAAUUGGCAAGAUCACCGCCAUUUCAGUAGCCACCUAUGUUGUUGCAAAUAAAUUAUACAAUGCCUACUUUGGGCCCUUGAGUAAUAUUCCUGGUCCUUUUUGGAGUAGAUUCAUUGAAUUCCCCAAAUUUUAUUACAAUAGACCUAAUGGAACAGGUUACAAGGCCAUCUUGCGCUUCCAUGACAAAUAUGGCGAUGUCGUUCGCUUGGGCCCUGACAUUGUCGCUGUUGCAGACAAGGAUAUGAUUAAGCAAGUCUUGGUUACGGAUGAUUUCCCUAAAGCUGCCAUCUACGAAGUCUUUCAAAAGAAAGGCGCUCAUACUUUGUUUAGUACUACAGAUGCAGCCUGGCACAAGAAGCGAAGAAGAGUCGUUUCUCCCGCCUUUUCCAUCAAAUAUCUCAACUCUUUAGAGCCUUUCAUGACCACUGUCACCGAGUCAUUGGUACACAAGAUCGAUAGCGAAAUUGCUCAAGAUCAUGACGACUUGAAUUAUGGUACAGUUGAUAUCUGGAAUUUGGUGCAACGUCUUGCCUUGGAUGUCAUUGGCGAAACUGCAUUUGGCCAAACAUUCAAUAUGGUCGAAGACAACAAACAUUUUGUCCCUUCAGCCAUUUCUCAAGAAAUGAGAAACAGUGCUAUCAGUGUCAUGUACCCAACACUUUCCAAGCUCUUUUUGCCAAACGGUGGUAAGACAAACCCCAGAUUACAAAAGUUCCUUACUGGUGUCAUUGAAGAUCGUUUACACAAAACUGAAGGCGAAAAGCGAAAAGAUAUCCUUCAAUUCUUGAUUGAUGUUCAACAUGCUGCUGAAACUGAUGAUAGCUUGACGGCUGAAUCCAUCAUGGCAGAAACUGUCUUGUUCCUGAUUGCUGGUUCAGAGACUACAAGUAACUCGAUCGGUUUCUCCCUUAUCAACCUUUUGCGUAACCCUGACAAACUCAAAAAGCUGUAUGAGGAGCUAGAUGGUGUGGAGCUGGAACAAGGUCAAAUAGUAUUCCAUCAUGAGCAACUCAAACAUCUCCCUUACCUUAAUGCUGUCAUUCAAGAAACUCUACGUGUCGAUAGUAUUGCUGCUGCUGGUCUUUCAAGACGUGCACCUAAAGAUGUCAUGCUUGGUGGCCGUGUAUUUGUUCCAAAGGACACAACUGUUGUUUGUAGUUUGUAUUAUGUCCAAAAGAGCGAUAAAUAUUACCCUCAUGCCAGCGAAUUCAGACCAGAGAGAUGGAUUGAAGGUGAAGAUCAGGAUGAAAAGAACCAACUGGACGCAUUCUUUUCAUUCAGUGCUGGAUCAAGAAACUGCAUUGGUAAAAAUUUUGCCUUGCAAGAAAUGCGUAUCGCCAUUGCCACCUUAUUAAAGACAUUUGAAAUCCAAGCUAUCGAACAAGAAAUGAAGGACACUGAGGACCGUAGACAGUUCAUCACAUUAACUGUUCCAAAGAAUAGAUUCAACAUCAAAAUCAAGCGUAGAAGUUAA